UGUGGCGGUGUGGGGUGUGCGCGCGGCGCGGCCAUGCCGGGCAGGAAGUCUUCGAAGGAGAAGAAGCGGCGCUGCUCCCGUUCCUGCUGCCCGGAGGGAGCUGCGGGGCCAGACGGCAGCGAUAGGAAACGGCGGAGCACCGAGUCCAGCCACGGUGCCCUAGAGGAAACAAAAUGUAAUGAACUCUCUGGAGAAAAACUGGAAGAGGCUGAACAACCCAGUGAUAUAGAGGAAGGAGGAUUAGAUCUCACUGUGUCACUCAAACCUGUCAGUUUUUACAUUGGGGACAAAAAGGAAAUGCUUCAACAGUGUUUCUGCGUCAUAGGGGAGAAGAAACUACAGAAGAUGCUGCCUGAUACUUUAAAGAACUGUUCCAUGGAUGAAAUCAAAAGACUUUGCAUGGAGCAGUUGGAGCUGUUAUCUGAAAAAAAACUGUUGAAGAUUCUUGAAGGCAAAAUUGGAGCUGAUUCUGAUACUGACGAGGAGGCAGAUGGAGGAGACAAGACUGGAGGUGAUUCAGUCAGUCAACAGGACAACUGUAUAGACUCAACUUCUUUUCUUAGAGAAGACAGCAAAGUGGAAGGCCAGGAAUCAAAACAAGGUAAGGGAGAAGAUAGUGAUGUCCUCAGCAUAAAUGCAGAUGCAUAUGAUAGUGACAUAGAAGGCCCAUGCAAUGAAGAGGAUGGUCCAGAUGUACAAGGGAGCACUGUCAGAAGUGGAGCUGGCCAGGUAGAUGACCUUCAGAAGGACAUUGAGAAGAGUGUGAAUGAGAUUCUGGGGUUGGCAGAGUCCAGCCCAAAGGAGCCCAAAGCAGCAACCUUAUCUGUUCCUCCAUCAGAAGAUGUUCAGCCAUCAGCACAACAGCUGGAGCUUCUGGAACUCGAGAUGAGGGCCAGGGCUAUUAAGGCUCUGAUGAAAGCUGGUGAUGUAAAGAAACAUUCUUGACUGUUCAGAUUUUGUUUUCACUAUUUGUUUAGAACAAGGUGAUGUCUGUUCUCUUCAGGGCUACAGUAUGUUUGGGUUGGAUGUGACAUUCCUCAUUCAGACUGUGUUGUGUAUCCUGACCUGUGUGGUUCAGUUGUUUUGUUGCCUUUAGUGCGCUACUUCCAUGACAUGCACAAACAGUGGUUGAUGCUUCCUUAAGAUGAGAUGUCCUUGUGCUGGGUCACCACUUCAGGGAGCUACACCACAUACGGAGCUGUGCCAGGUACCUGGUGCCUUCCAGAAAGGUUGUUGUAGAAACUUAGAAUUAUUGAAUGGUUAGGGUAGGAAGAGAUUUAAGUCUGCUUAAUUCUUCUUGCGGCCCAUCUCUUAACGUAGAUACUCUAAAAUGGAAUGCUUUCUGUAAAAGCAUACUCAGUUUUUUAAAAUCUGAAUUCCUAAAGGGAAGGAUUUUUACCUUUCAAAUAAACAGUUGAAUAUGUUAUUUUCAGAGUUAUGAAAGUGCCUGAAAACAACAGAGCAGAGUUUAUUUUACUGCCGUGUAGUUUUGUCACUUUUCUCCACUCUUAUCUUUUGUAUUAUAACUGAAGAAAGCAGAGUUUCUUCCUAACUGGAAAGAUUUUCUUUUGAAUAUUUGGCAUAUUUAGUAAAUCAAACAGUUCAGAAGACCUUGAGCUUUCAACAUUCAAUUGAUACAGUCAUUUCAUGUCCCCUGAAAGUAGGAAAAUCCACCUAAUUUCAGUAUGCUCCUUUAGAAGAGGCAUUUAAUUUAUUUAUGAGGUUUUAAAAUAUAAAUUCUAUUUUUAUCCAUUUCAAGAUAUUCCUUUAUAAAUAAAUUGAAUUCUAGAAUUAAUUUUCAUGCUAUAAUAUCUUACAACAAUUAAAAUUUAAAUUUUUUUAGAACUAGUGCUGGUUUUCUCUCUGGCUGCUAAUCAAAGCAUAUUAAAAUAUUUGUGUGUUUGUUUACACAUGCAGACAUCAAUUUUUUUCUUUAAAGGUAUGAAGCUUACUAUUGUACUCUUUGUUAAGUAAAAUAAUGUAUUAUGUAUUUUUAUUAAUUAAUUUUUCUUGAUUGUUACUUAUAAAGCUAGUUACAUGCUUUGCAACAGUAGCAGACAUAAUUUCCCUACUAGUGUGUAAUACUACUGCAAACCUUAGUCUAUUCAGAUAUUAUGUCUUGAAUUCUUUUUAGGUUUAUAUUUUUCUUUUUAUUCUUCUAUUUUAUCCCUUUUCUUCUUUCUCUUUAUUCCCUUUCGUUUUUUCCAGUUUCCUUUUAUGUAGCAAGCUUCUUGUAUGUUUCUGAAGUAUGAUUGAUUUCCUCUACAAACAACAUUAUUGCAAAAUAUUAGUGCAGUAUAAAUUUGAUAAUAAACCCUCAUUAAAUACAACUUGAUAAAAUUACAAUGUGCUUCUACUAAGUGAUGUCAGUGUCCAGGGUAAAGUGUACCUGAUUCUCGUGCUAUCCACAUCAUCAACAUUUUUUCUAUUAUUUUGUAGCAAAUUGAGGUUGUAAGUGAAAAUAUAUAUACACAAUUCAAAAUGUAACUACUGUCUCAAAAUCUGUGGAUGUUGUCUUUGGUCAAUUUAAUUUAGCUGUUUGGUGAACUUGUGUUUUAUUUGAAUCCAGAGAAACUAAAGAAGUAAUCAGAAAAGGACAGCUGGCAAAACUUAGAUGUGCUGUCUUUUCUUAUACAAAGUCAUAGGCUGGUGGAGCUGUGUUAGAUUUCAAAGAAACACGUUAGUGCUGCUGUACUUAGGUCAUUAAAGCACCGAGUACCUUACCUUGCUUGCUGUGGAAGUCCAAAAACUUGCUUGCAAGAGCAUUUCCUGCAUCACCAGAAGAAGCCACAUGUAUGAAGUUUAUUCAGUGAUGUUACAAAACAACACAUUUCAGUUCUUUGGCAACACAAAAAUACUGGUGGAAGUAACAGUAAACUAGAGCGUAAUUGCCUUCUACUGACUACUUUGUGGAGGUGUAUGGUAUUUAUUAUUUUUCUGCUGGUUUCCCAGGUCACCCUUAAAAGUUUGUUUUAUAGCAUGUUGAACUGUGAAAGAUUAUUAUUUCAAGCUCUGUAGCAAGAAGUUGCAAAUGCUAACUUUAGCAUGUAGUGUGACAGAGAUUACUAUGGCUUACUAUGCAUAUGACAGAGAAGAUUUGUAAUUAUAGCCUAAUUAAAUUCAAAAUUAAAAGAUGAGAAAUAUUCCAAGAAAAUUCAAUUAAGCUGUUUACAAAAAAAAAAUAAUGUGAGAUACUUAUUCUGGUUGGUUACACAAAUGGUAAUUUUUAGACUAUUGUACUGUUGCUGCUUAGGUUAAAAACAGAUCAGCUAAAUUCCAUGUGUUCUUGCAUUGAUUUGUGUCACUGAAGAGAUAAAAAAAGCCAGUGUAUUUAAAGUAUUUAUUAUACAGCUGUUUUGUUUUUCACUUUUAAAUAUGUCUGUGAUCUUUCAGUGAAAAAUAAAUUUAUUAUUUCAUUUAGAAGAAGAGGCAAUUUGUAUGUAAAAUAUAUUGAAUUAUUCAUGAAAUGUUAAAAUAGUGUUACUGGGUUUUGAUCAAUCAUUUUGUCAGGAAACGGAUAUUAAGCACUGGGUGUUGGUCAGCAUGAAAAAAGAUCUUUUGAGGAGGAGGGUUGAUUGUGUGUGUACUAGAGGAAUAAAGGUUUGACUCCACAGAGAGUCAAAAGUAUUUAUUCCUGUCUGGAGGCUUUGCUGUUAUGGUGAUUUCAUGAAGAAUAAUAAAUAGAUUUCAAGAUGCUAGCUUUGAGAGGUGAAUCACAAAUAUUACUACAGAAAAGAAUUAGUUCCCCUUGUAACACCCUUUUCAAAUAUUGUAUUUGCUUUCAAAAGUAUUUUGCCUAAGAGACUUUAAGCUUUGUUAUAAAAUGUGUUCUUUGCUGCUUGAAAUUACUAUAUUUGUUAUUUUCUAAAUAAAUACAGGUUAUUUUUAAAUAUAAUUGUAAAAACAGCGAGUCAGAUAAUCUGUGUAGGUGAUGUAAGAUGCUGCUGUUCUGACUGGAUACUGUUGAGAUGCAGUUCACACUGCAUUGUGAAUCUUGCCGAAGGAGUCAGCUGGGUAACACUUUACUGCAGCCUUGUCUGUUUAAAGGAGCAGUGUCAAAAACAGCAGCCACCUCGGGGAAACCUUGCAGUGGGACAAAGUGUCUUUACCAGCUGAUGCAGUACAGUGUUAGAGCUCUAAAGUUUGUAAAUGGCUGCUUGGUUUUUAUUUCUUAAAUAGUGUUUGCAAAAGCAGUUAACUGUAACUAAAGUUACUUUUUUUUUCUUCUGUGGCUGAGGCAUUCUCUAGAAGCAUCAACUGAAGAAAGGCUUUAUGUACAUGAGUGCAUAGUAAGUUAUUAUAUGGCAUUUUAUCUGCCUGUCUUAAAAUUAUAAACACUGAUUGAGCUUUAUGAGAUCACUGAUGCUGGUAAAUAUGCCCUUUUCAUAGAAGAUAAUUGAGGAUUAAUUGUGAAAUAAGCCCUUUAGUCAGGAAGGGAGAUGAGGUAGUUAAUUGAUCCAGAAACAUAAGAACAACAUUAUUUCAGGAGUAUUGUCACCAAAUUAAAAACUGAUUAUAAACUCCUGCAAUUUAGUCCCAGUAUUACAAACCUUCAUGUUUAUUUUUAAGUAAACCUGCAGCAUAUGUAGAAAAGAAAAAAGGUUUGUUCACCUUACUUGUGGCCAAAUAUAGAUGUUAAAAUACUUGAUUUUGUGGGGAAGGGUUGAAAGCUCAUGUUUUUUGGCCCUUUUUUAGCGUUAAUGUUGAAAUGUUUAAACAGAAUACCUAAAAGGAGAAGAAAAAUUACUGUUUGUAGAAAGGGCUAGCCACAUACCACUUAAUCAACCUCACUCUGUAGUUAGGUAAGGAAAGAUCACAAAAAUUUAAAUCUAAAUAUUACAUAUUUACUGCAUCAUACAGCCCAAUAAUAACACGAAAGGAAACUUCAAACCAAAUACAAACAGAGAAUGGAACAUGUUCAUUUGUUCAUUCAUUGUGUCAGCUUUUUAAACAGUGAGUAAAAACUUUGUCCCUGGGAUUGUUGAUUAUUGUCAAUCUCAAAAUUGAUUUUUUUUUUUUGUCUAAUGGUUUUUCAAAGCCAUGAAUUGUCAUAAUCUAAAGCCUUACAUUCUAUCUUGUGUUUCCAGACUCCAGUCAAUCCUGCUUUACUUAAGAACUCUCAACUUCACUUCCCUGGAAUACUGUGUACAGUUCUGCACGAUUGUAUUGAUGUCCUACCCACUGGGAGUGGAACAGAUGCAGAUAAAGGUUGCCAGAGAGGCACAGGAUGAGAGACACAACUAGGAAAGUGUGUUUAGUCUAAGCAUGUUGACGCUAGCCUUAAAGACAGGCAGAAAGAGAGUACUGGGAAAUACAUUUAAGCUGAAUAUGAAUGCUGGUAGGGAACUAUGCGUACAUUUUGGUGUGAUUGCUUAUUCCCAGGCUGUCUCCUGGUCCCGUCCCUGCUGUUGUGCAGCUAAUGUUAAUGUGGAUAUAUACAGAACCACAUCAGAAAACUUAUUCCUGCCCAUCUGCUUCUCACAGCAUUCUGAUUGAAUUUUCUGUGUUGGCACAAUAGAAUGAGUAGUGAAAAUCCAACUGCUGGAUUAUAUCACAUAAAUGAUAAUCCAUGUUCUUCCACUUAUUAACAUAUGAAGCAUCAGAAAUAAGGUCCAUGACUUAAUUCUGUCUUUUUGAAGUCUUGUAGAUCUUCACUCAAAAAUAUUAGCUGAACUGCUCCAAAUAUAAGCCCUUUAAGCUAUUCAAUUUUUAUUAAAUUUACAUUUUGAUUAUUGUCUGGUGGAGAUUUUCUAUGUGUAUGGUUUUGGGUUUUUCAUUUGUGUUGUCAUUUCAUUAGAGGUUUUUUGUUGAAGUCUGUGUAAUUGCUACUACAAAUAAUCUGGUGAAAGUUAGUGCCUCAUAAUUGUAUUUGAAUUAAACUUUUGGAUUACAUCCGCA